AUGUCUAAGCUGGCCCUGCUGAUCGAACCGAGACCGAGUCCACAUCUUGCCCCCCUGGUUCUACACAUGAUGUCGGUUGUGCCGCGAGAUUGGCCCUUCUUGAUGAUCGGUUCUCAACAGAGUGUUGCCCUAGUCGCACAGGCACAUGCAAUACAGUACCGACAGAGGAGAGGAAAGAUCUCUUUUCAAAUCAUCUCCAGCUUAUCAAUCGCUGAGGAUAAAGAUUAUUCCUCUAGCCUAUUGACUGACCCGAAAUUCUACGAAAGCCUUCCUGGGGUAGAGUGGAUAUUGAGAUACGAGUCAGACAGCAUCCUUUGUGCCAACUCUCCGAAAGGUCUAGACGAGUUUCUAGACUCAGAUUGGACUAGCUUGGGAUCAACUGAUGCCGCUUAUCUCGGCGGUAGUGGAGGAUUAUCACUUCGAAGGAUCUCAGCCAUCCGACGAAUCUUGAGUUUCCAAAAGCGACUCAACAACUCUGAGCCAUCCGACGAAUGGUUCAUGAAACGUCUCAGAGUACACCCAGGCAAGGCGAUUGUGCCGGGUCCGUCGAAGCCGGGCCUAGUUGGUGACCAUGAACAAUUAGUGAAACCGAUGGGUUAUCAUGUUCCCUUGGGUGGCGAUCAUCUCGACAGCCCCCUGUGGAGAGACACCGAGAGUCGGCAAAAUAUCCUUGACUAUUGCCCAGAACUCAGCAUGAUCCUAGACAUGAAGCUCGAGCGAGAGAGAUGCCCGCCAGAAAUAAAACAAGAUUGGACCUUCACAGCGUGA